CGGUAAAAUAGCAAAAUUAUUAGAAUAGAGAUAAAUGCCGCAGAGGGUGUUUAUUUGUAUCGAUUUUUAUAUUUUCAAUAAAAUAAUUAAAUGCUGCAAGUAUUAAAAUUAAUCCAGAGGUUCUGCAAUACCUCCUAGGUCACUAAGUCUUAAGCCCAUGUGUAUGUAAUUUCCACCAUUACAAUAAUUGUCACUUAGUACGCAAUAAAGAUUUGAAUUUGAAUUUUGAAUUUGAAUACAUACGCAUUGUUAAAUUAAGUUGUACGGGAAUAAUGAAUAAAAUAAUUGAAAAGUGUUUAUUCAUAUUAGCAGUUUUAUGUGGUGUAUCAACAUCAAGAGUGUUAGAAUUAAGUGACAAAUUUAUCGAAAUCAGUAAUGAUGGUAUUUGGUUUGUCAAGUUUUACGCCCCAUGGUGUGCACAUUGUCGUCGUUUGGAACCAGUGUGGGCUCAUGUGGCACAAACACUGUACAGUUCACCUAUCAAAGUGGCUAAAGUAGACUGCACAAGGUUCAAUGCAGUAGCUGCCCAUUUUAAGAUACGAGCUUAUCCUACGAUCAUGUUCAUUAAAGGUCCAUACCAACACGAGUACACUGGUGAUAGAGUAAAAGAAGAAAUGGUGAAUUAUGCACUUCGAAUGUCUCAGCCAGCAGUUCAAAAAGUAUCUCAUGCAGACAGCAUAGGAUAUCUGAAAGAAAAUCAUCCCAUAUUCUUUGGAUUCAUUGGAAAGCAGCACGGUCCAUUAUGGGAAAUCUUUACAAUUCAUGCUGAAAAGUAUCAACCACAUACAUGGUUCUAUGCAAUGACACAUGAAGUUGUGAAACAUGAAUUGAAACCACCAAAUGAAAGUGCAAUAUUUGUUUACAAAGAAGAUGAUGCAUUUUUCUUUGAAGCUAACUCAGCAUUGUUGGAGGACAAGGAAGCCUUAAAUGUGACAUUGGAUAAAUGGAUUAACUCUGAGCGGUUUGGAUUUUUCCCGAAGAUUACUAGAGCAAACAUAAAUGAUUUAAUGGAUACUGAAAAAUACAUAGUUAUUGCAGUUGUAUCAGAAAACAAACUAAACGAAAUCACACAAACUGAGCAAGAUUUUAAGGACAUGAUAGAAGGAAUAAUUAAGAGCAGAAAAAGAGACCUUCACCACCGCUUCCAAUUUGGUUGGAUGGGUACUCCAGAGCUAGCAAACUCUAUUGCUAUGACUGAACUAACUGUACCCCAUUUAUUGGUGCUGAACUCUACUACCAGCCACCAUCACAUGCCUGAUGAUGAUCCUGUUCUGAUGACACCAGAAGCAGUUGUGAUGUUUUUGGACCAGAUACACAACCAAGUUGCUCCUGUUUAUGGUGGAAAUAAUUGGCCCGUUCGAUUGUAUCGCGGAUUUUUCGAAGCAAGGACGACCCUUACUAACAUGUGGCGAGGGAAUCCUGUCUUGACGGCGCUUGUAUUUGGAUUACCUCUUGGUUUCCUGUCUCUUAUUUGCUAUUCUGUUUGCUGUGCUGACAUACUGGACGCAGAAGAAGAAGAGACUCCAGAGACACAUGAAAAGAAGGAUUAAUUUCUUGAUUGCGCUGAAAAACUCGCAUCAUGCUUCGCCAUCUUAGCAUCAGCUUUUAUUAACUACAAAAAAAAGGACAUGGUAGCAUAGAAAAAACAACCACCAAAGAUAUGAGCAAUUUCGUUUUUAUGUCUAUAGUAAAUAACAUUUCAAAAUUUAAGUGUAUGAUUAUACCUAGUCUAUUAGUAUAUGAAUAUGUGCGAAGUCAUCGUCAAGUCUCUAGCUGAAAAAGUGUGAAAAUAAAUAUUGUACAUAAUUUUAGUAAUGUAUAUGUAAUUCGAAUCAUCGCUGUAUGUAUAUUAACCUUUUAAACUAAUAAGUACUUAAAUCAUAACCAAUCUAAUUUAGGCCAGAUUUAAACAGAACGAUUUCGCACUACGUCCAAUCCCAAUCUGUAAAAAUUAUAUGAUUUGAAGUAGUCUGGUCGCCGAGCACGUAGAAUUUCGUCCAAUGACCCCAAGUUACCCAUCCUUAUCACUCGCGCGUAAUUAUAUUGCUGUCGCGACUGCGACGGGCGGCCGCAGUGAGUGUGCGAGCGAGGAUGGGUAGCUUGGGGUCAUGGGACGAAAUUCUACGUGCUCGGCGACCAGACUUUAGUUAUACCGUGGUUAUACAAAGUACUAUUUAUGUAGUAGUUUAUGCACUAGGUUCGAUUUCCGAUAACCAUAUUCUCUAAUCUCUUAUUACUUUCCUAGAUCCGUAUUUUGACGGAUCAUAAUAAUAUAUCGUAUUGGACGCAGUGCAAAAUUACAUUAGGUAUAUGUACCUAUAUGACGUGAUGUGAUGAAUACCUUCCCUCUGAAUACCAAUGAGGCAUCAUCUUGCUUGGUGAGAAAAUUAUUUUCAUUAAUGUUAAUGAAAUAAAUUAUGCAAAUUGAAUUCUAAAGUGAAUUCAACCCACAGGAUCAAAUCAGUUUUGUUAUUGUUAUUAGCAUGAUAAGACUAGUCUUUUAAAAAGAGAGGUGUUCUUAUUUUUACAUGAUUUGAUGCAUUAUUUUUAUUAGUUAAUGUUUUAUAUUAUGGUCUUUUAUAAUUUUUAUUUACAUACUACGGUUGAGGGCGGUGUGUGCUAUGUGCCUAGCGUCACAGAAUAAUAAUAAAAAAAUAUUUUUUGCAUAUUGGAACAACCUAGUCCUGGAAUUUUAAUUAAUGGGACAGACCCCUAGGCAAAACAGUAGAACUGCUUAAUAUAUUCAAAACAGGACAAGGACAUACUACCUUCUGAGAGAUAGCAACAGAACAGUCCUACAUUUUUUUGUGCUUUAUCUGCUAUCAGUCUCACGACAGUUUAUGAGUGGAUGAGAAGGUUAUAGUGUCCUUUGUAUGUUAAGUAUCUUCCCCACUGAGUCAGUCAUUUACAUAUUAUCUCUACACUCCCCAGUGCAGAUUUAAGAUGUCAUACCUCUUGAGGUGUUUGCUAUAAACUUUGUAAUUGACCUGAAAAAAGGGUGUAUAAAAGAGUAUCCCACACAUUAAUUAUAUUACACUACAGUACUAGUGCAUAGGUUUUGUUCUGGUUUCCAUUGUAUUGUUCAUUCCGAACAGGUACAUGAAUUACUUUAUAGUAUCAUAUUGUUACACCCCCUGAUAAGUCAGUGUAGGCUGAUGGUAAUUAUUAAAACAAUGUACUUGUAAAAAAAAUGUUGCUAGACAUAAUAAUUUGUGAGAGUGGGAAAUAAACAGUUUUUUGGUAA